UGGAGUCAUAAGUAAAGCGGGCGGCGGCAUUUCCGCUUGAACUGUAUGGAGGGGAGGGGGGUACAACGCGACGGGAGUUGUAGUUUAGGCUGCUGCAAUGGAGACUGUCCUCAAGAAGUCUAGCAGUGGCGGGUGCGGCUCUGAGGUUGCAGAUGAGCGGCCCCCGGCCUUAGUGUCUGCGGUGUUGCCGGCUGGAGGGACGGGGGAACGCAUGGGCGGCAGCACCCCGAAGCAGUUUUGCGAGAUUCUGGGGAGGCCGCUCAUUAGCUAUACGGUGCGGGCGCUGGAAAGAAUCAGUUGGAUAGCUCAUAUUGUCGUGGUGGUAUCUCUAGACAAUGUUGAAAUAAUGAGGUCUAUCGUAAAACAGUAUGGCCACAAACGAACUGUAAUAGUUGAAGGCGGAACAAGUCGUCAUAGAUCAAUCUUCAAUGGACUGGAAAUAUUUGUAAAGAAUUCUCCAAUCCAGAAACCAGAAGUUGUAAUAAUUCAUGAUGCUGUGAGACCAUUUGUUGAGAAGGAUAUUCUUUUUAAAGUGGUUAUGGCUGCCAAGGAACAUGGGGCAGCAGGAGCAAUACGUCCUCUUGUCUCCACUGUUAUUGCUUCCUCUGCAGACGGAUGUUUAGACCAUUCACUAGAUCGUGCCAAGUACAGAGCAAGUGAAAUGCCUCAAGCUUUCUUAUUUGAUAUAAUCCAUCAAGCGUAUCAUCAGUGUAAUGACCAUGACCUGGAUUAUGGAACAGAAUGUUUGCAUCUGGCUCUAAAGUACAGCAAGACAAAUGCUAAACUCAUUGAAGGCCCUCCAGACCUAUGGAAGGUGACCUACAAGCAAGAUCUGUAUGCAGCUGAAUCUUUAAUUAAGGAGUCCCUAUCACAACAUGUUUGUGUUGUCACUUAUCUGGAAGAAAACUCUGUGCAGGCAAGGUUUCUCCAUGAAACACUGAAGAAUCAUGUGAAACAGGUUAAAAGUUUAUCAUCAACUCUAUGUAAAGAUGAUAACCAUCUGCAACAUAUCUUAUUAGGGCAGUGUUACAACUUUAUUUGCAUAAGUGGUACGCUGUCUGGCUUUAAAGAAUCCCAACAGUUAGUAGAAGCACUUGAAAACACAAAUGCUUCUGUCUUAUACCCCAUUGUCCUAAUUUUGAUAUAUUUGGAUAACUUAGAAGACCUACUUUGCAGUAGUGAAAUGUCCAAGCUAGCUGAACUUGCCAAGGAAGUGAAAAAGAAAAAUAUUUUCCUGUAUGGUCUCGUUAUGCAAUACCAACAGACUGAUGUGAAACUUCAAGAGACUGCUGAUUCUGCUGCUGCACUUAUCAUGGCAUUAAUUAGAGACAGAAAUCCUGCAUUCGUUGGCCAGCUUCUAGUAGCAUGACAGAGAAAUGCUCAAUGCUUUGCCAAAGUUUCAAGCAAUAAAAACACAGAAUGUUUAAAGUUGCAAUUACAGCAUUGUACCAAUGUAUUUUGAAUGUCAUUGGAUAUUUAGGAGGGAGCUUUUAUGUAAAUCAGAAGUUAUUGUAAGGUGUAUUAGGCUUGGAUGAAUACUGCCUUGACUGCCUUUGUACAGAGAUUGUGGCUAAAAACAUGGCAUUAUGUUCUAAGGGGCUAUCACCAGAGUGAUUUAUUUCAAAAUGGUAUGGGCGUGGUCCAGCGAAGCACUUUAAGUCAUGUUUCUUCCAGCAUGAGAGAUUUUAAGUGUGUAUCAAACACUCCAAUUUCUAUAUACCUUUUUUCUAUAUGACUCAAUUCAGGAAACAUUUUUAGAGCUGAUACUGAUUCAAGCAAUGUUGCUCUUAAGACCUCUUAGAAAUGACCUUUUAAAAUGGAACAUCACUCCAAAUAUAUUAAUCAGUAUCUGUCCAUUUUGCUGCCCCUAAACCUUGAAGUAUGAAAAAUUCACUAGUAAACAUCUCAGAAUGAUCAUAUACAAGUUUUGUAGGUUACAUUUAUGAAAUGUCAUAUUGAAAGUUGACUAUAGGUGCUAAUCAAGCAACAGACUUCAAACUUACAUAGUCAUUGUUUACCUGAUUCAUUAUCUCAUUGGGUUUCUUUUCUUUAAAAAUUAUAUUUUAUAUCUUUUUAUGCAUGAAGCUGAUCCUCCACUGGAGUUAAUAAGAACAGCUUUAUAGGUUCAAGGUGUACAUUUAAGCCUCUGAACCAGCAAGGAAUUGCUGACUUCAAGAGACAAGAGUAGGGAUGUUUCUAGAGAAAAUGGUGCACGGGGCAAGUUCUAAAGUUGCCCCCUCCCCACGCAAACAGUUCAAGUAAAAGCAAUGCCUGUCGGAAUGGGCCCCUACGUAGGUACUAUUUAACCUCACACACACACAUGUUUGGUGUUGCUGACAGGCCCAACUGGGGCAAAGAGUCCCACUGGUGGUGCCCCCUUCCCAAGCUCUCCUCCUCCUCUACUCCAACCAGGGUGGCUAGCAGUCAGGCUCCCCCUCCCCCCUCUGUAGCUCUGGGUAGCCAAACAUGUUCCUUGCUUGCCUUUCUGCAUCCUCUUCCUUCCCAGCUCUCUCUGUUUCCCACGCAGCCAAGAGGAGAAUGGGUGGGCGGAUUCCUUCCUUCCUUGCUGGUUUGCUCUGGCCAGGCUUCUCUUCCACCCCAUGUUUCACCCUCUCUGGUGCCCUUUCACGUGCCACUCUUAGGAUGCUCUCGGACACAUUGCCCACCUUUGCUCCUGCUGCAAUGGAAGAACAGGCUUCUGGGAGCCCAAGAGGAGGGCUGGGCAGUUUGCAGCCAGGCUGAGUGGGAGAGUGUCUUGCUGCCACCACUGCCCCACUAAGUCCUGCUUGCUCCGGGAGGGGGCAAAUCCACCUUCCACAUGACACUUGAAAGUGGCACCUGAGUCAUCUGCCCCCUCUGAAUAUACCAUGGACAAGAUUACAGUCUUGUCCAGUAGGAGCAGCAGUGGCGUAGGAGGUUAAGAGCUCGUGUAUCUAAUCUGGAGGAACCAGGUUUGAUUCCCAGCUCUGCUGCCUGAGCUGUGGAGGUUUAUCUGGGGAAUUCAGAUUA